AUGUCCACGUUAGGCCGGGCUUGCGCCAAGGGUGCCGUGGACUCCGGCAUAUCGACAGCCGGUAAGAAUUGCUGUCUUGAGUGGCGUUCCCAUCGCAGGUCUCCUGUAACAGCCGGUCGGGGGACUAGCCUGAGGUUGGAGGCCCCUCGGGAUGCCGGCUGGGUCAAAGGGCGUUUCGGUGACCCUGGUCACAGCGUGGCAAAAGGAACUGGGGCGUACGAUUUGGUGUUGGACAAUGAAGCUGGUGGCUCCGGCGGAGUCUGA